AUGGGAAUGCAGAGCGUGGCUGUGGCUUGUGGGGCACUGACCUUGUGCCUGGCACUCACCACUGCCACCAACCCCGGCUUCGUGGUGAGGAUCACCCAGGCAGGCUUGGACUACGCCCAACAGCAGGGAAUUGCGAUCCUGGAGAAGGAGCUCGCCCAGCUGAAGCUGCCAGACUUCUCGGGUAAAUCAGGGAAGGUGCGCUAUUCAUUCUCCAGGCUGCGCAUUCCCACUUUCCGCUUGCCGUACUCCCGGAUUACCCCGAUCCCCAACGUGGGCCUGCAGGUCUCCAUCUCCAACGCCUUUGCUGAGCUGAAUGGCGACUGGCGGGUGAAGUUUCUCUUUAUCAAGGCACAUGGAUCUCUCAACGUGAAGGUACAAAAUGUCAACAUGAAAAUCAUCCUGAAGCUGGGCAGUGACACCACUGGGAGGCCCACCAUCAGCACCUCAGGCUGCAGUGCCACCAUUUCCAACGUCCGGGUGCGCUUUUCCGGCAAGCUUGCGUGGCUUUACAACCUGUUCCACCGCAUUAUUGAGAGGAAGUUGCGAAAGACUUUAGAGGGCAAGGUGUGUGACAAUGUGGCCAAGUCUGUACAAAACGAGCUCCAGAAGCAGGUCCGGACGCUGCCAGAAGUGAGCAGAGGAGCAGUUGGUAGUGAGUUGAUGCACCACGAAGCCCAGUCAUGGCACUGCCCAGAUGCCAGUAGAGGCCAUCUGCUUCCAGAUUUCCUGACCAUCUCCUUACUCAUCUCUCUUCCUUGUGUUGCAGUCACAGCCAGGAUAGAUGACAAGAUUGGGAUUGAUUAUUCCUUGGUGGCACCCCCAAGAGCUACAACCAAGUCCCUGGACCUGGACCUGAAGGGUGAAUUCUACUCCCUGGCCCACCGCUCCCCCGUGCCCUUCUCACCGCUGCCACUGGCCUUCCCCUCGGAUCACGAGCGCAUGGUUUACUUUGGAGCCUCCAGCUACUUCUUCAACACAGCCGGCAUUGCCUACCACGAGGCUGGGGCACUGGUCUUUGAAAUCACAGAGGCCAUGAUCCCAAAGGAAGCGAGAUUCAGCUUGGACACCUCUCUCUUCUCAGCCUUCAUUCCCCAGCUGGAGGAGAUGUACCCGAACAUGCCAAUGAAGUUCAGGGUGUCCACUCCCACUGCUCCAUUCCUGACUAUUGGAGAAGGAGGAAUCUCAUUCCAGCCCAUUGUGGAUAUCCAGGCUUAUGCCAUCUUUCCCAACUCCAGCCUGGCUCCUCUCUUCCUCCUCAGCCUGACAGGGAACGUGUCCGCUGUCAUCAACGUGAGAUCCGGCCGCAUAGUUGGGAGCCUGGAUGUGGGCAGGAUCAGGCUCUCUCUGAAGGAUUCAGCUGUUGGCACUUUCCAGGUACAUUUUGUGCAGUCCAUAAUGAACUACUUGACCUCCAGUGUCCUCCUGCCACAUCUUAAUGCCCGCUUAGGUGAGGGUUUCCGUCUGCCGCUGCCAGACAGGAUUCAGCUCUCCAAUAUCCUUGUGAGGUUCCACCAGAAUUUCCUACUGCUUGGAGCAGACAUUCGCUUCCAGCCCCGGGAUAUAAAGGUGGUGUGGGCUGGGAGAGCCCUGCACAACGUGGCACUGUGGGAAGCCAGGAUGGGAAUGCAGAGCGUGGCUGUGGCUUGUGGGGCACUGACCUUGUGCCUGGCACUCACCACCGCCACCAACCCCGGCUUCGUGGUGAGGAUCACCCAGGCAGGCUUGGACUACGCCCAACAGCAGGGGAUUGCAAUCCUGGAGAAGGAGCUGGCCCAGCUGAAGCUGCCAAACAUCUCGGGUAAAUCAGGGGAGUUGCACUAUUCGCUCUCCAGGCUGCGCAUUCCCACUUUCCGCUUGCCACACUCACGGAUUACCCCAAUCUCCAACGUGGGCCUGCAGGUCUCCAUCUCCAAUGCCUCUGUUGAGCUGAAUGGGGACUGCUGGGUGAAGUUUCUCUUUAUCAGGGGGCCUGGAUCUUUUGACCUGAAGGUAGAAAAUAUCUCAAUCAAAUUUAUCCUGAGGCUGGGCAGUGACACCACUGGGAAGCCCACCAUCAGCACCUCAGACUGCAGUGCCCGUGCCUCCAAAGUUGGGUUGCACUUUUCAGGCAAGCUUGCGUGGUUUUACAACAUAUUCAAGAAGGGUAAUAAGUCCCUGUUGCAGAAGCAUUUAGAGACCAUGGUGUGUGACAAUGUGGCCAAGUCUGUGCACAAUGAGCUCCAGACGUACAUCCGGACACUGCCAGUCACAGCCAGGAUAGAUGACAAGAUAGGGAUAAAUUACACCUUGGUGGCACCCCCAAGCACUACCGCCCAGUACCUGGAUGCCGACCUGAAGGGUGAAUUCUACUCCCUGGCCCACCGCUCCCCCGUGCCCUUCUCACCGCUGCCACUGGCCUUCCCCUCGGAUCAUGAGCGCAUGGUUUACUUUGGAGCCUCCAGCUACUUCUUCAACACAGCCGGCAUUGCCUACCACGAGGCUGGGGCACUGGUCUUUGAAAUCACAGAGGCCAUGAUCCCAAAGGAUGUAGAAUUCAAGUUGAACACCUCUGUCUUCUCAGCCUUCAUUCCCCAGCUGGAGGAGAAGUAUCCAAACAUGCCAAUGAAGUUCAGGGUGUCCACUCCCACUGCUCCAUUCCUGACUAUUGGAGAAGGAGGAAUCUCAUUCCAGCCCAUUGUGGAUAUCCAGGCUUAUGCCAUCUUUCCCAACUCCAGCCUGGCUCCUCUCUUCCUCCUCAGCCUGACAGGGAACGUGUCCGCUGUCAUCAACGUGAGAUCCGGCCGCAUAGUUGGGAGCCUGGAUGUGGGCAGGAUCAGGCUCUCUCUGAAGGAUUCAGCUGUUGGCACUUUCCAGGUACAUUUUGUGCAGUCCAUAAUGAACUACUUGACCUCCAGUAUCCUCCUCCCACGUCUCAAUGCCCACUUAGAUGAGGGUUUCCCCCUGCCACUUCUGGACAGAAUUCAGCUCUCCAAUAUCCUUGUGAGGUUCCACCAGAAUUUCCUACUGCUUGGAGCAGACGUUCACUUCCAGCCCCGGGGAUGA